AUGCGUCACCUCAACGAUGGCAUGACGGCGCGCGUCACGGAAGAUGGAGCUGUCUCAGAGGCAUUCGCAGUGACCAACGGAGUGAAGCAGGGCUGCGUCCUCGCGCCUACCCGCUUCAGCCUCAUGUACUUUGCCAUGCUGAUCGACGCCUACCGUGAAAAACGCCCGGGGUCCGCGUAGCCUACGGGACGAGCAGCUUACUCUUCAAUCAUCGAGGAUGCAUUUCCAGUCGUGUGUAUCCACAACUACCUUUCGUGAACUUCUCUACGCCAACGACUGCGCUCUCAACACAACCACAGAGGGGGACAUGCAACGGAGCAGUAUUCCUUUCGACGCCGCCUGUGACAAUUUCGGCCUAAUGGUCAACGUGGAGAACACAGUGGCUAUGCAUCAACCGCCACCCGACGCUGACUACAAUGCACCCCACAUUAACGCGGAUGGCGCCCGACUGCAAGUCGUGGGCAUCUUCACCUACCUGAGCAGCAUCCACUCCCGACGAUGA